CACACAUGAGGAGCAUCGAGGCAGCCACAUCCCACUGAUCAGCAUCAACACUCAGGUCGCGGGUGGCUGGAGCCGAUCCCAGCUACUGCAGAAUUUUGAAGCUGUGCUCUGAAGCUGACAGUAGCAGCUCACCAGAUCACCUGCAUGAUGGACCAAAGCCGAGGCCGUGAAACAGUCCCAGCUGCAGCGGAAAGGAGCCAGAAGCAGAAGAAGCUGAAGGCGAAUCGACUAAACAUCCAGCAGAGUAUCCAGCAGCGGGAGAACGAUGUGAAGCUGCUUCAGCAGCAGAUGCAGAAACUGCAGCUGGAGAUCACCGAGCUGAAGAGGAAAGACGUCCAGCUGGAGCAGCUGGAAGACAAGAAGGACCACAACCGGUUUCCACCAAGAGGCACCGGAGAGAAGCCUUCAGAGCCACAGACCAGAGCAGAAUUCUUAAAAUAUUCACAGCAGAUCACUCUGGAUCCAAACUCGGCACACAGACGUCUGUUACUCUCCAAGGAGAACAGGAAGGUGGCCAUCAAGCGUCAGGACGACGCUUUCGUUCCUCAUCCCGACAGGUUCACCUACUGGUACCAGGUCCUGGGCAGACAGAGUCUGACUGGACGCAGUUACUGGGAGGUGGAGCGGAGAGGGGGAGGAGUUUUCAUUGCAGUCACAUACAAGAACAUCAGCAGAGCAGGGAGUGAAAACGAAUGCAUUUUGGGGUUUAAUGACAAAUCCUGGGCUUUGAAAUGUGACAACAACUCUUACAUGUUUUGGUACAACAAGCAGUGCAGACCCGUCUCAGGUCCUCAGUCCUCCAGAGUGGGAGUGUACCUGGAUCACAAGGCAGGUAUUCUGUCCUUCUACAGCGUGUCUGAAACCAUGACUCUCCUCCACAGAGUCCAGACCACCUUCACCCAGCCGCUACACGCUGGACUGUGGCUCCUCGGCUCUUCUGGAGUCUCUGCUGAGUUUAAUGAACCCAGUUCAGAGAACUUCUAAUCCUGAUUGAAAUCCUGCCCGUGUCAUUUUCUCAUGUAGUUCAGACUACAGAGGGAAACAUAAGAAAUCAUGGGAGGUCUGACCUGCAGAGGCAACAAAGAGGAGCAUUAAAACUUCUGUCAAUGAGAUUCUGGGGUCACGAAGAGAUAAUCAGGGGUCUUAUAACACAUGUUGGAGCAUCCCAUGCUUGACACCGAUUCAGAGUUGUGUAAUUGAGAAUCUGAGAAUCUGCUUAAUAUGUAUUAUAUUUAAAUUCAAUGGAUGACUGGGGACCUCUUGAGGAAUUCACUUUCUUUUUGGCAUCUCUAUAUACUAAAGAACAACUGAUUUGAAAUAUGGGAAGUUGUAACCAGUAUUUUCACUAUUUUCUGAUUUAUUUAGUUUUAUAACACUCUACUUACACUGUAUGUGAAUCAUCAUUUAAUUGUUUUCAUUGUGUGUGGGUAAUGUUUGCUUAAUCUGUUUGAACUGGAAUAUCUCAUUAAGUUUGAGCUGUUCAGUGUGAGGCAAAGACAAUAAAAGCUGAAUGUGGAA